GUCAUUUAUGUUCUUGUCCUGGUGCUUUCGCUGACUCAAGCCGAGCAAGAAAAUAAAGUGCAAAAGCCAGAAGUUACGAAACUGGAAGUGGUGAACCUUGACGAGAUUGAAGUUACGCCUAAUUCCAAGCAAUCCGACAUUCAACGGAAAAGAAAUUCUGGAUACAUAUAUAGUAAACCGAAUCAUGUUUCUUCAAACGCUCGGUUGCGUUUUCAAGGGUAUCAGUCUAGAGGUCACAUUGUAUCCAAAUUUCCCGGUCAAUUAAGCAGACCGUUUACGAAAUAUGGAUCACCGAAUCACUCAACUUCCGGUCCAAUCAUACAAAGAUAUCGUACUCAACAGCAUCGAAACAAAUUACAGCAUCAAGUCAAUCAACAACAAUCGAUCAGUUUCCAUGAUGGGUUGGUGGAACAGGAAGUACCGAGUCCGAUCAGAAACAUCGAUUUCGCGGAAGUGAAUCCGAUCGCCAGUCAAAAUAACGAACCGUUCGGCAUGCACACGGCCAAUUAUUUACCACCGCAAAAUCAAAAACUUCCGGCUUAUCCUUCAACGGAUAAUUUUGUUCCGCAGUCAUCACAGAGUUCUCCAGAUCACGGACAAGCUCACGGCAUAAAUUUGCAGAAUCAGAACUUGGUGCAGACUCAGAAUCAUCAGAUCUCCGACGCUGCACUCUUCCUGUCUGAGAAUGCACACGCGAUUCAACAACUUUAUGGCGCACCCGCAAACGAUCAGAAUUUCGCGCCUAACAAUGACCAAUUUCAAGAUAUCGGCAAUCAGAUUCAGAAUCUGAACGAUCAAUUUAGAAACUUUGAGAGUACCUCGCAGAGCUCCCAGGAAUUCCGGGGUGUAUUGCCAUCGUAUGCAUCGGGAACGCUUAAUUCUCAAGAGACUCUGGAGCAGAUUCAAUCUUUGGAGAAGGAUCGGUUAAUCGUGCAGCUGCAACAAGCUCUCGCUCAAGCCCAGACUACUCCGAGAGCGGAAGCGGCGGGAAGAUACGCUCAGAAUCAAGCGAGUUUUAUUCAGAAUCAGAAGCUUUUAGAAUCUAUAAGUCAACAAAUAAAGUCACAGAUUUCGACGCCGCAAACUGCAACUUUUGGUUCCGAAAAUACCGCCUUUAAUCAGUCGCCUUUUUUACCAGGAACUACAGUUAAUCCUUUAAAAGGAUUUUCUUUUAACUACGGUGUCUCGACUACCACGCCGAUUACUCCCACGACAACGGUAACUGGAAUUUCGAUCACGAGACCUUCGCAAGCAUCCAAAAUCGACGGUACUACUCAAAUAGCAUCAUUGCAACCUGUUCCUGGAUCAGCCACAGCUGGAUCUCCUAUAGGAAUCCCAGUUUAUGGUGGAUUCGUGCCAACUUUCAUCGCGGGAACCAACUUAGUUCCUAAUUACAGUACCGGCAUUUUUACAUCUAAACCUGUCAAACCUGUGCAAUCCUCCGAAACAUCGCCAACUCAUUUUGGAAUACCGAUUCCUACGGAACCGUCUCAGAAACCGGCAGGAUUGGCGCCAUCAAUCCCGUCAACGACGAUACCUUCAUCCACUUCUUCUGCUAAUCAACCAGGACCUGUUUUUACACCGGUGAUCACGCCAGUAACUUUGCCAGUUCAACCAAUACGACCUGUUGCACCUCCAUUACAUUCUCUCGCGACGCCGGUACAUCCGGUCACUUCCGUGUUGCCUAUAAAUCCUCAAGUAUACCCGGCACAAGUCACCCCCGCUGUAACAUCUAGUGUACAGCAUACAUACGGCAUACAAAACGCAUUAAUCAAUCCUGUUCUUUAUAAACCAGUCAAAGCAGUCUAUCCGGUAUAUUAUUAUCCCAAUGUCGCGUACCAACUGCAAAAGCCUGCCUUGCCGAAUUAUCCAUGGAAUUACGCACCUUCGUACACACAGACGAAACCAACAUAA